UUACCCCCGCUGUCCUCCGGUGUCCCUCGGAGCUGAUUCUCUGGGAGAUGAUGGCAGGAGAGAGAAGAGGGCUCCAAGUCUCUGACACGACCAUUAGCCCACUGUAAUCUCUGACGGAAUUUCCUAUUGAGGGAUUCAUCAGCUAUGCUUUUAUUUAUAAGCUUGUCAAACAAAUCACAAGGCUCAUGGAUCAUACUUCAGUAUCGAAAGUCCCCUCAGGGGUGUGACCUGGACAUGAGUUCGGACAGCGACAUGAGCGUGUUCGGGGAGGCUGCCCCGUACCUGAGGAGACCUGAGCGAGAGAGAAUCGAAGCCCAGAACAGGCCCUUCGAUGCCAAAGCUGCAGUGUUUGUGGUGGAUCCGAAGGAGCUGUUUGUUAAAGGCUCGCUGCAAAGUAAAGACGGCGGCAAAGCAACCGUUAAAACUGAGGCAGGGCAGGUCGUCACGGUGAAGGAUGACCAAGUCUUCCCCAUGAACCCGCCCAAGUUCGACAAGAUCGAGGACAUGGCCAUGAUGACACACCUGAACGAGGCCGCCGUGCUGUACAACCUCAAAGAGCGUUACGCAGCGUGGAUGAUCUACACCUACUCAGGGCUGUUCUGUGUCACUGUGAACCCUUAUAAGUGGCUCCCCGUCUACAACCAGGAGGUGGUGGUGGCCUACAGGGGCAAAAAGCGCCAGGAGGCUCCACCACACAUCUUCUCCAUCUCUGACAACGCCUACCAGUUCAUGCUCACUGAUCGAGAAAACCAGUCCAUCCUGAUCACCGGAGAAUCCGGUGCAGGAAAGACCGUCAACACCAAACGUGUCAUCCAGUACUUUGCAACAAUUGCAGGGUCUGGGGACAGGAAGAAAGAUGCUAACACCUCUGGAAAAUUACAGGUGAUUAUUAGAAUAAUCUGUAACGUCGUCUCUCGGCUGCUGCAGGGGAACCUGGAGGACCAGAUCAUCUCUGCUAACCCUCUGCUGGAGGCUUUCGGAAACGCCAAGACCGUCAGAAAUGAUAAUUCUUCACGUUUUGGCAAAUUCAUAAGAAUCCACUUUGGAACGACAGGGAAACUGGCUUCGGCUGAUAUUGAAACUUACUUGUUGGAAAAAUCCAGAGUAACGUUUCAGCUGGCGUCCGAGAGGAGUUACCAUAUUUUCUACCAGAUCAUGUCCAACAAGAAGCCCGAGCUCAUAGAGACGCUCCUCAUCACCACCAACCCCUUCGACUUCCCGUUCAUCAGCCAAGGGGAGAUCAGUGUGGCCAGUAUCAACGACAGUGACGAGCUCAUGGCCACUCAUAGCGCUAUCGAGGUCCUCGGCUUCACUGGAGAGGAGAGGAUUGGCAUCUACAAGCUGACAGGUGCUGUGAUGCAUUAUGGGAAUAUGAAGUUCAAGCAGAAGCAGAGAGAGGAGCAGGCGGAGCCAGAUGGAACAGAGGUGGCUGACAAAUCAGCGUACCUGAUGGGUCUGAACUCUGCAGACCUGCUGAAAGCACUGUGUUACCCCAGAGUGAAGGUUGGGAAUGAGUAUGUGACCAAAGGGCAGACUGUUCAGCAGGUCUACAACUCCAUCGGCGCUCUGGCCAAAUCCGUCUAUGAGAAGAUGUUUAUGUGGAUGGUCCUCCGCAUCAAUCAGAUGCUGGACACCAAGCAGCCCAGACAGUUCUUCAUCGGAGUCCUGGACAUCGCUGGGUUUGAGAUCUUUGAUUACAACAGUCUGGAGCAGCUGUGCAUCAACUUCACCAACGAGAAACUGCAACAGUUUUUCAACCAUCACAUGUUCGUGCUGGAGCAGGAGGAGUAUAAGAAAGAGGGAAUCGAGUGGGAGUUCAUUGACUUCGGGAUGGACCUGGCUGCUUGUAUAGAGCUCAUUGAAAAGCCUCGACAGCCGAUGGGAAUCUUCUCCAUCCUUGAAGAGGAGUGUAUGUUCCCCAAGGCGUCAGACACCACCUUCAAAAACAAGCUGUACGACCAACAUCUGGGGAAAUCUAGCAACUUCCAGAAGCCCAAGCCUGUCAAAGGCAAGGCUGAGGCUCACUUCUCCCUGGUGCACUACGCUGGCACCGUAGACUACAGCAUCACGGGCUGGCUGGACAAGAACAAGGACCCGCUGAAUGAGACUGUGGUCCAGCUGUACCAGAAAGCCGGCCUCAAGCUGUUAGCCUUCCUCUAUUCUACCUACUCUUCAUCUGAUGAAAACCCCGGUGGAGGAAGUGGCGGAGCUGGCCCUGCCGCUAAGAAAGCAUCAAAGAAGAAAGGCUCGUCCUUCCAGACUGUGUCGGCGCUCUUCAGGGAGAACCUGGGAAAGCUGAUGACGAAUCUGAAGAGCACCCAUCCUCACUUUGUCAGGUGUCUGAUUCCAAAUGAAACUAAAACUCCAGGGAUAAUGGAGCACCAUCUGGUCAUCCAUCAGCUGCGAUGUAAUGGCGUGCUGGAAGGAAUCAGGAUCUGCAGGAAGGGCUUCCCCAGUCGGAUUCUGUACGGGGAUUUCAAGCAGAGGUACAAAGUACUAAAUGCUAGUGUGAUUCCCGAGGGACAGUUCAUCGACAACAAGAAGGCUGCUGAGAAGCUCCUGGGGUCCAUCGAUGUAGAUCACACCCAGUACAAGUUCGGGCACACCAAGGUGUUCUUCAAAGCAGGACUCUUGGGUUUACUAGAAGAAAUGAGGGAUGAAAAACUGGCUUCUCUCAUCACCAUUACUCAAGCCUUGUGUCGCGGCUUUCUCAGAAGGAAGGAGUUUCAGAAAAUGAUGGAGAGGAGAGAAUCCAUUUACAUUGUCCAGUACAACAUCCGCUCUUUCAUGAAUGUAAAACACUGGCCGUGGAUGAAGCUCUACUUCAAGAUCAAGCCGCUCCUGAGGAGUGCUGAGACUGAGAAGGAGAUGGCCAUCAUGAAGGUGGACUUCACCAAGUGUAAGGAGGAUUUAGCCAAAGCUGAGACUAAGAGGAAGGAGCUGGAAGCCAAAAUGGUUUCUCUGCUUCAGGAGAAGAAUGACUUGUGUCUGCAGAUUCAAUCAGAAAGCGAGAGUCUGGCAGAUGCUGAGGAGAGGUGUGAAGGACUGAUAAAGAACAAGAUCUCGCUCGAGGCCAAAGCCAAAGAACUGAGCGAGCGACUCGAGGACGAGGAGGAGGUCAACGCCGAGCUGACCGCCAAGAAAAGGAAGCUGGAGGAUGAGUGCUCCGAGCUGAAGAAAGACAUCGAUGACUUGGAGCUCACUCUGGCUAAAGUGGAGAGGGAAAAACACGCCACUGAAAACAAGGUGAAGAAUCUGACCGAAGAGAUGUCUGCUCUGGAUGACAACGUGGCCAAGUUAUCCAAGGAGAAGCUGGCCCUGCAGGAGGCCCACCAGCAGACACUGGAUGACCUGCAGGCGGAGGAGGACAAAGUCAACUCUCUGACCAAAGCUAAGGUCAAGCUGGAGCAACAAGUGGAUGAUCUUGAGGGCUCUCUGGAACAAGAGAAGAAGUCCCGGAUGGAUGUGGAGAGGGCGAAAAGGAAGCUGGAAGGAGAUCUGAAACUAACCCAGGAAUCCAUGAUGGAUUUGGAAAACGACAAGCAACAGCUGGAGGAACGCCUAAAGAAGAAAGACCUUGACUUCAGCCAUCUUGUCGCCAAAAUUGAAGAUGAGCAGAACGUGGCUGUGCAGUCUCAGAAGAAGAUCAAGGAGCUUCAGGCUCGCAUCGAAGAGCUGGAGGAGGAGAUGGAGUCGGAGCGCGUCGCGAGAGCCAAAGUGGAAAAGCAGAGGUCCGAUCUGUCCAGGGAGCUGGAGGAGAUCAGCGAGAGGCUGGAGGAGGCCGGAGGAGCCACCGCCACACAGAUAGAGAUGAACAAGAAGCGGGAGGCCGAGUUUCAGAAACUGAGACGAGACCUGGAAGAGUCGACGCUCCACCACGAGGCCACCGCCGCGGCGUUGAGGAAGAAACACGCUGACAGCGUGGCCGAGCUGGGGGAGCAGCUCGACAACCUGCAGAGAGUCAAACAGAAGCUGGAGAAGGAGAAGAGCGAGUGCAAGAUGGAGAUUGACGACCUCUCCGGAAACAUAGAGGUCACAGCCAAGGCGAAGAUCAGUUUUGAGAAGCUGUGCCACUCUCUGGAAGACCAGCUGAGUGAAUACAGGACGAAGCAUGAUGAGAACUCUCGUCUGAUCACUGAAAUAAAUGCUCAAAGGGCAAGACUUCAGAGUGAGAACGGUGAGUUUUGUCGUCUCCUUGAGGAGAAGGAGGCGAUUCUCUCUCAGAUGUCGAGGGCUAAACUCGCCUUCACUCAGCAGAUGGAGGAACUGAAAAGGCAGGUGGAGGAAGAGUCGAAGGCUAAGAGCGCCCUCGCCCAUGCUCUCCAAUCCGCCCGUCACGACUGUGAUCUGCUGAGGGAGCAGUUUGAGGAGGAGCAGGAGGCCAAGGCCGAGCUGCAGAGGGCCAUGUCCAAGGCCAACGGCGAGGUCGCCCAGUGGAGAACCAAAUAUGAGACCGAUGCCAUCCAGCGCAACGAUGAACUGGAAGAGGCCAAGAAAAAGCUCGCCCAACGUUUACAGGAAGCCGAGGAGGCCAUGGAGGCCGCCAACGCCAAGUGCUCGUCUUUGGAGAAGACAAAGCAGAGGCUGCAAGGAGAGGUGGAGGAUCUCAUGACGGAUGUGGAGAGGGCGAACGCUCAGGCCGCCAGCCUGGAUAAAAAGCAGAGGAGUUUUGAUAAGAUUGUGUCCGAGUGGAAGCAGAAGUUCGAGGAGAGUCAGGCCGAGCUGGAGGGAUCGCUGAAGGAGUCGCGCUCCCUCAACACUGAGCUCUUCAAAAUGAAGAACUCUUACGAGGAAGCUCUGGAGCAUCUGGAGGUCCUCAAACGAGAGAAUAAAAACCUGCAACAGGAAAUCUCGGAUCUGAGUGAAGAACUUGGAGAGAAUGGUAAAGCCAUCCAUGAGCUGGAGAAGACAAAGAAACAAACUGAGACUGAGAAAACAGAGAUCCAGACUUCUCUGGAGGAGGCUGAAGCUUCUCUGGAGCACGAGGAAUCCAAAAUUCUCCGUAUUCAGCUGGAGCUCACUCAGGUGAAAGGAGAGGUGGAUCGCCGGCUGGCCGAGAGGGAGGAGGAGCUCGAGCAGAUGAAACGCAACCACCAGCGCGUCGCGGAGAACAUGCAGUCGGCCCUGGACGCCGAGAUACGCAGCAAGAACGACGCCAUGAGAAUCAGGAAGAAGAUGGAGGCCGAUCUCAACGAGAUGGAGAUCCAGCUGAGCCACGCCAACCGGCAGGCCGCUGAAGUGCAGAAGCAGCUGAGGAACAUGCAGGCCCACCUCAAAGACCAAACCCUCCACCUGGACGAGGCUCUGCGCAGCCAGGACGACCUGAAGGAGCAGGUGGCCAUGGUGGAGCGCAGGAGCAGCCUGAUGCAGGCGGAGGUGGAGGAGCUCAGAGCUGCUCUGGAACAGUCGGAGAGAAGCCGCAAGCUAGCUGAGCAGGAACUGACUGACGCCUGCGAGAGACUGGGGCUGCUGCACUCUCAGAACACAAGUCUUCUCAACUCCAAGAGGAAGCUGGAUGCAGAUGUCAGCCAGCUGCAGGGCGAGGUGGAGGAUGCAGUGCAAGAGGCGCGCAACGCAGAGGAAAAGGCCAAAAAAGCCAUCACUGAUGCGGCCAUGAUGGCAGAGGAGCUGAAGAAAGAGCAGGACACCAGCAGCCACCUGGAGAGGAUGAGGAAGAACCUGGAGGUGUCCAUCAAGGAUCUGCAGCACCGUCUGGACGAGGCUGAGAACAUGGCUCUGAAGGGCGGCAAGAAGCAGCUCCAGAAACUGGAAGCUCGGGUGCGUGAACUGGAGGCCGAGGUGGAGAAUGAGCAGAGACGAGCCACUGACACCGUCAAGGGAAUCCGUAAAUACGAGAGGAGAGUCAAGGAGCUCACCUACCAGACGGAGGAGGACAAGAAGACCGUCGUGAGGCUGCAGGACCUGGUGGACAAGCUGCAGCUCAAAGUCAAGGCGUACAAACGGCAGAAUGAAGAAGCUGAGGAGCAGGCCAACGCUCAUCUGGCUAAGCUCAGGAAGGUGCAGCACGAGCUGGAGGAGGCCCAGGAGCGCGCCGACAUCGCCGAGUCCCAGGUCAACAAGCUGAGAACCAAAAGCAGGGAAUUGGGAAAGGCUGCUGACUCUGAGUAGACCUGGCAGUGACGGCUCGUCCUCUGUUCAAGGUCUCAGCAGUAGAAACUCAGUAGAAACAGAAUUUAUUGUUGUGCAGUGAAAAUGUAGCAGAAUAAAAACUGUGUGAA